AUGCCUAUGGAAGCGCUGAUCAUUUCGCUAACAUGUGUCCAAUUGCACCCAACAGAUCCACGCCAACAAGACCCAGGGAUGACCUCUGUCGAAACUACAAGUAAUUCCCCUGUGCCUCCAACACCUGUCCCUUCAAACACCGCUGUAACUGACCAAGCUGCGUCGGCCGUCACCCAGGAACAGAGCAUGAUGAGAGAGCUGGCGAAUCGAACAAUUCCCGACGAGAACCUUAACAAGUACCUUCACCACCUCAAACCUAAAACACCUGUUAAUAUAGUUUACUUACAACAUGAAUUUAAAAAUCAUCCUGAUGUUUUGUUCAUUUCUAAUUUAGUCCAGGGUUUUCGCGAUGGAUUUUCUAUUGGUUUUGAGGGUCCCCGCAUGCCACAUUAA